CUUUGGGGAAUAGCCAGAAAGAAGAAAUCAAGAACCCUCUGCUCCCUAUAGGGUGAAGUGGUGUUAUGACAGAGUGGGUUGGCUCAGCUUCUUCUACAGAUAAACUAACAUUAAAGCCUAAAAUAGGCAAGGAGAUGACAAGUGGAUUUAGAUCUCAGGGAAGAAAUAAAGGAAGCUUCUUUUCAGGCAGAUCCCUUCAGUUUCUUCUUAGAGACCUAGCGGAACCAAAAGAUGAGGUUCGCCGCUGGAGGAGAAAUGGACCCCUCUCUGAAGAUCCUGUUUCCUCUGUUUAGUAUGGUCUUCACCUUAUUCAGCACAGCAAGAGCAAAAAGUAAGUACAACCCAACACAAUUUCUCCACGGUUCAAUAUUCAUAGUUAAAGCAAGGCAAAUACAAUGUGCAAUUGUUUCAGGGAAAUUUCACUGUCUCUGAUCUUUCCAAAUGAUUGUGCUACUGAAGAACAACCAUGCUGAAGCAGCAAGAGUAAAGGAGGAGGAAGAAUAUCCUUGUACUAGGAAAAAAUGUACUUCUCAGUGGUAAUAUUCAGUUUAUCAGUCACUAGCACUUAAUAAAAUCUCUGAGUGACUGCAACAUUUUAAGCGCAUAAGUCAUAACAUAAGACCGGAAGAACAAUGAAUCAAGCAUUUUGUGGGGGUUUUUGCUCUAAAAUUCCUACCCUAAAGAAUUUAGGGUGUCUCUUCUUGCACAAUCUGCUUCUGAUAUUUCGGCAAGGAGGUGAUGUACUUCACAGAAAAUCAAGGAUUUCUUUACUGCAUAAGACCUUUUACUUCACUAAAAAUAAACCUGUCUCUGUUAGACUGGGCAAAAAAAAGCUGGCCAUAGUUCUCCCCUCACAGAGAUAGAGAUCCAAGACCCUUAACAUGCUACAGUUCCUAGGAUUCUUCGAUGAAAGUUUUUGCUUUAAAUGUAUAGUGUGUACACAGACAAUGUCAGAAUAUGACUAUGUAUACAUUAGCAGCAUGAAACACAGCAACUUGUCCCGGUCUCCCUUAGUUUCAAGUCACAUUCUUAGACGGCUGCACACUAAGAAUAGCUGAAUAGGAAUAGCUGAAGUUUCUCACUAGUAAUAGGAAAUAUGUAAAUUUUGUCUACACCAAUAAUUUUUAAAGCCCCAAAUGUGUAAUUCAAUAAUUUAAUCUGAAUUCAUAUUCACAUGAGUAAACUAGCAUGGUUGCAUUGAUGUUUGUAACAUUAGCUAUAUAGGUAUUCAUAGAUUUGAUUUACAUAUUCCUUCAUCUUUCAGAUUCAUCCUUGGACAUCCAGGGUCUUUCUUUUGCUAGUUUCCCUGCUAUGGAAAUACAUGCUAAUGAUAAAGAAAUAAUUACUAUUGAUACAUUGAACAACUACAAUCAAUCCAUAAAGCAAGUGGAUAUCAAAAAACAAGCUGAAAAAUACUUGACAGGUCCAUGGAUGACUCGUUUUGUUCCUUCACUCCACACUGCUGUGGUUAUUUUCAGCCUUCCUUUAAACAUUACGGCAAUCCUUAUGUUUGUGGUCAAAAUAGGGCUUAAGAAACCAACUGUGGUGUACAUGCUCAACCUGGCUACUGCAGAUGUCCUCUUCGUGAGUGUGCUUCCUUUUAAAAUCGCCUACAACUUUUCUGGAAACAACUGGAUCUUUGGGCCUGUGAUGUGUCAUUUUGUCACUGCCGCCUUCUACUGCAACAUGUAUUGCUCCGUCCUGCUGAUGAUGGUUAUAAGCGUGGACCGUUUCCUGGCCGUGGUGUACCCAAUGCAGUCCCUGUCCUGGCGCACAGCAAGACGGGCCUCGUUGGUCUGCUUUCUCAUCUGGCUUCUGGCUAUAGCUGGGGUGAUACCUCUGCUUGUCAAUGAGCAAACACAGAGAUUAUCCCUGUUAAAUAUUACGACCUGUCACGAUACAUUAGAUAUCUCUGUUAUUAUGGAUAUAUUUCGGUAUAACUUUUCUGUAUUAUCCAUUUUGUUCUUUUUUAUACCGUUAUUAAUCUCUGUCACCUGUUAUGUGUGUAUUAUAAGGAAACUUUCUUCAUCCAGUGUUGCUACAAAGACUGCUAAAAAGAGACGUGCCAUUCUCCUGUCUGUAGCAGUCUUGUCUUCUUUUAUUAUUUGUUUUGGCCCUACAAAUGUCCUAUUAUUAGUGCACAACUUGCGCAUCUCACCUGAUCAACCCCUUGAAAGCCUGUAUUUUGCCUAUAGCUUAGCGGUCUGCAUUGGUACCAUAAACUGCUGCAUUGAUCCCUUAAUUUAUUAUUAUGCCUCUUCAGAGUGUCAAAAGCAGGUGUGGGAUCUCCUGUGCUAUAAAAAGCAGUCUGAUCUUGAACAAAGCAGUCAUACAACAAGCAGUAAUGCCACCAAUCUUUUUUUUUGUGGCCUGAAAAAUUUGUCUCAAGCAUAGAAUUUUACAGUGUGUGGUACAGUAUUCAUAAAUAUAGGUGUUGCAUGACAAAGAUGUGAAUAUUUGUUUACGGUUCACGUCUUUAAUGUCCAUGCCAUUUUUUCUCUAAAAUAUUUAUGCUGUUUCUUAUAUUAAAGGCUAUAUUAUAUAUUAUAUUACAUUAAAGGCUAUAUAAAAUCAAAGAUUCAGAGAAUUUUAGAGUUCCCUUGAUCAGGACACUACUGUUGAUGCAGCCUAGAAUAGCACUUUGCUGCUGCAUCACGCAAAAUAUUUCAAACUGGAUUUAUUUUUUAUAUUUUUUGGCCACUGUUAACAUUGAAACUAAUGUUUAUCCAGAGAUCUGGUUUGUUCCAGUGAGGACUGUAUAUAAAUGUAAAUAUUACAUAUUGUUGUUCCAAUUAUUUUAUUAGUAUAUAAUAAUGUUAAUAAUAUUUCUUGAGGCAGAUAUUAACUUAUUUGUUGCCAUUAAUUUGGGGUUUUUUUCUGACAAGAGCCUUCUGAAACAGGAAUGUGAUUUAACCCUUUUCGAAAAGAACGCAUUGGUACAUUCACUCAAACCAGAUGAGAUUGUAGCUUUUCCAAUAGAGAAGACACAGGAGGCAGAGCUUAGAUGUACUUUAUAAGCGGUCAGACUCCAUGAUUCAGUGUAACCAAACAAAUUAGAAGUGAUAAACAUUCAGAGUUGCCUAAUGUAAACAGCUAUGGUUUUCCCAGUAGUGAUGUAUGGAAGUGAGAGCUGGACCAUAAAGAAGGCUGAUCGCCGAAGAAUUGAUGCUUUUGAAUUAUGGUGCUGGAGGAGACUCUUGAGAGUCCCAUGGACUGCAAGAAGAUCAAACCUCUCCAUUCUGAAGGAAAUCAACCCUGAGUGCUCACUGGAAGGACAGAUCCUGAAGCUGAGGCUCCAAUACUUUGGCCACCUCAUGAGAAGAGAAGACUCACUGGAAAAUACCCUGAUGUUGGGAAAGAUGGAGGGCACAAGGAGAGGACAGAGGACUAGAUGGUUGGACAGUGUUCUUGAAGCUACCAGCAUGAGUUUGACCAAACUGCGGGAGGCAGUGGAAGACAGAAGUGCCUGGCAUGCUCUGGUCCAUGGGGUCACGAAGAGUCGGACACGACUAAACGACUAAACAACAACAAUGUAAACAGAUUAUUGAGUCCAAUAGUUUUUUUUGUGGGGGGGGGGAGUUGGCUCAGACUUUUAAUUACGCUUGGCUGCAGAUUGUGUAUGUGUGUGCAUGCAGACUAUGGGUUACAGCCUUUGCUUUUUUCUGGGGGGACGCAGGGGUACGCAUACCCCCUAAACAUUUUGUGAAUCUAAGUUUGGCCUCAUUGAGGGGCAGCAUUUCAAUACGAAUAGGAAAAUGAGAGUACCCCUAAACAUUUUUUUUUAAAGCAUUGGUUACAGCCAACAUGGUCAGAUCUCCAGGUGCUUUAUGUUGAAGCUGAAUGUCAGUGGGAGAAGGCUGGGAGUGGGGGAAACCAUGUAUGCCAUCACCUUGAGCAACUUGGAAGAAAGGGGGGAACAGAAAAAAAAUAAAAAAAAAUAAUGGAUAGACAAAGUUCCUGUUCAUUCAUUCGUGGAUGAUGUCUUUCCUAGGGAUCUGAAGAACACCCCAAAGAGGACAUUAUUACCAUCAUGAUGGGCUGCAGUUCCAUGGCAGAGCACAUGUGUUUUGUUGCAGGAGUCCUCGGGUUCAGUUUCCAGCAUCUCCAGGUUUUGUUGGGAAAGGCUGUGUCCUGAAAGCUGGACAGCCACUGCUAGUCAACGUACACAUCACUAAUCUAGAUGGAUCACUGGUCUGAUCCAUCAGAGUUUUUCUUAUGCUUUUGUUUUCAUGAGCCUGCUACUUGCCUAAGCUCCUUUUCCACCCCACUAAUCUAUUAUGAUAGGGUAAUAGAGUCGUUGCUGCUGGU